CAGGUACAAAAACUUAAUAUCAACAGUCGAGUAGUUGAAUAUCAAUUUAAAUUUAUUUUUAUAAACUGUGCAAAUAGUUUACAAAGUAAUACCUAAUGUAUGUGUAUCAUUAUAAAUAGUAAUAAUCAAUAUUGAAUUUUAAUUUAAAAAAUGAACUUAAUAAUUUGCUUAUUUUGGUGUUAUUUUUGGUUGAAUACAUUAGCAUAUAAUAGUAGUAUCAUAAAACUUGUUGACAAAGAAGUACAACAUUUAACAUUAUCAUCACAUAAAAGUCACCAUAACAACGUCAAAAAUAAAUGGUUUGAACAGGAACUGGAUCAUUUCAACGCUACUGAUACUAGGACCUGGAAACAGAGGUAUCACAUGAAUUUGAAAUAUUAUAAAAUGGGUGGUCCAGUAUUUUUGAUGGUGGGAGGGAGAGAAGAAAUUUCACAAAAUUGGAUGAUAUCCGGGGCAUGGAUUGAAUACGCUCAAAUGUUUAAUGCUGCAUGUUUUCAAUUGGAACAUCGAUACUAUGGAAUGAGCCACCCCACUGAGAAUUUAAAUACUACAAAUUUAGUGUACCUAACUAUUGAACAAGUAUUAGCUGACUUGGCAACAUUUAUAAAUACAAUUUCGAUUGAAAAAAAAAAACUGUUGAAUGAUACUAAAUGGGUAGGAUUCGGUUCAUCAUAUUCAGGAAGUUUAGUUACCUGGUUAAGAUUAAAAUAUCCUCAUUUGAUACACGCCGCUGUUUCGUCAAGUAGCCUUCUAAAGGCAAAAGUAAAUUUUGAAGAAUAUUUUGUCGCUGUGCAAAAAAUAUUAACAAAUUAUAAUCCAAUGUGUGAAUUCCAUAUUAGACAAGCAAAUAAAAUGAUUGGUAAUCUAAUAAAGACCGACUAUGGAGCAAAAUACAUUCAAAAAAAAUUUAAUAUAUGCGCACAUCAUUUAAACAAUUCUACAAAAAAUGUACAACAACUUUUUAGAGACAUUUCUAGAUUCAUUGGACUAAUUGUACAAGACAACGAAGAUAACAGAUAUUAUAAUAAAAUGAUUGAUGAAUCAACAGUUACAUUAGUAAAAUUAUGUGAUAUAAUGUCAAAUGAAACGUUUGGAUGUACAAUUGACAGAUAUGCAGCUGUAAUCAAAAAUUUAUUAUCCGUUUGUGGUACACAAUGCUUAUCAAAUACAUAUGAAUGGCGAGUUAGGUAUUUUGCAGAGUCAUUUUGGAACAACACAGCAGUAAAAUAUGGAAAUCGUCAGUGGUUAUACCAAACUUGUACAGAGUUCGGAUUUUUUCAAACAUCCACUCAAGAUCAUCACUUGUUUGGUAAUACUGUAUCACUGGAAUACUUUACUGAUUUAUGCGCUGAUGUUUUUGGAAAAUCAUUUAAUUUAAAUGCAUUAAGUAAGGCUGUAAAUAAAACCAAUAUGAUGUAUGGUGGUUCCAGACCAAGAGCUAAUAGGAUUAUUUUUGUAAGAGGUUCUAUCGAUCCAUGGAAUCCAUUAGGUCUGUCAUUUUUGCCAAUAAAUUCGUCUACAAUUUUUAUUAAAGGAACAUCUCAUUGUGCAGACAUAAAUCCUUCAUAUUCAUCGGACCCUACACAGUUAUUGAAAGCCCGGAUAGAAAUUGUAAUGUAUUUAAAAAAAUAUUUGAAUGAAAAGGAUUUUUCAAUUGAACCAAUAUUGUUAUAGAUGGGGUAAAUUUAAAUAAAGAAAAAUUAGCACUCAAGAUAAUGACCGCCCAUUGAGUCUCUCAUUCCCAAAUUAAACUAAUUUUUAAUUUAAAAUAUAUAUAAUAUGCCUAGAACAUUUUUAUUUAUACAUUCAAUGAGAUCCUCCACUCAACAAUAACUGAAAUAAACAAAACUAUUAAGCAUAUAUUUUUUUUAAACUUUAAAUCCCUUAAUUAACCUUAUAAAUCAUCUAAUGUCUAUACUCAAUAAUAUAAUUUUGAAACUACAUAAUUUGCAGUAAAGCAACAAUAUAUGUUUCAUACCUUAUUAUGUUUGUAUAUUUAUUUUUAUUAGUAUGUGUUCUAAUAGUAUUAAUAACGCACGUGCAAUCAUCGCUUGUUUGGGUCUUAUCUCUUUUCACUUCUAUAAGUUUAUUUAACCGCUACAUAAUGUUCACAAAAACCCAAACCAGAUACAUCUAUCAGGAAGCUACUAAAGGAUGUUAUCAGAUGUUUAUUAUUUAUUAAUUUCUUUUAACAAUAAUUAAUAAACUAUAAUUGUUAUUA